UCCCUUGAUCCUUUGCCAUCCACCAUCCCAGCAGCCCAGAUUAUCCAUCUCGACAUUCAAGCAAUUCGAUGACUUAAUGAAGGGCAUGCCGACUAUCGCUCAACAAUCAACUCGUUUCCCUUGUCUGUAUUCCAUCGAGCCAAGAUUAAGCUUGACGUCCACCGUACAGACAAUGGUGUCCGUGUCUUACAUACAUCUGCAACAAAUUCAUAUUGUCUACUUGAUCUAUAUUUGUCUGUCUGGUAAAGCGAUAGGCGGAUGUGAUGGCAUCGUCAACGCUACUGCAUCUUGCUUUUUCUUUCUCCAUGAAUCCCUAGAUCCUGUGUUCCAGUUCAGCAUCGAAUCCACCUCGGUUUUCUCGACUCCUCGACCUGAUUUGGUCUGGCGGAGCUGGCCUGUUCCUUCUGAUUUCUCUGGUGGGCUCAGCUGCUGGAAAGCUAGCUGGUAUACCGAUGAGAUAAUUCGUUACUUUUCAACUUCUUCCUGGCUCUGUACGUUCUCGUUGAUGGUGAUGAUCGAUCGACCGGUGGUUGUUAUCUCUGCGAACUCAGGUACUCUGCAACGGUAUUCGAGGAGUCAGUUGAGGUCAUUAUUUCGACAACACAGCCCUUGAAUCGGGCUGGACCAAUAUGAUAAGGCCCGGUGAUGGUGCCAACACAUAACCCGCUCUUUUCUUCAGUGGUCGCAGCGGUCCAUCUGGGCUGCUGUAUUCUUCUUGCUUUUUGACUGGGAUUCAUCUGGGUCAUUCAAUUUACUCACCAGGCAACUUUGUU